CGAGACAACCAUGUCCAACUUCACGAAUGCGACGGCAGGCCCAUCAAUCCCACCGCCCCGACUCCCAAGGAUGCUCACCCGAAACCCUUCGAUUCGAUGCCGUCCAACAACAGGGUGUCUGCGAGCUACGCUUCGUCUCAACUUGAAGGUGCAAGCAAUAUGAGGAUGAGGCGUGCCAUCGAGCGUUUCCGCAUGACCUCUUCGCGCUUGCGCGAUGUACUCAAUGUCUUGAUAGGUCACAAACUCCUGCGGAUCGGUAACGGCAAGCACAGAAUCGAGCACACCGACAUCAGCGUUUGGAAUCUGGCCGUUGACUUAUGUUCGCUGCGCAUCAGGGUGCGCGACUUUGACCGUGGUCGUGCGGUGGUCGUCGGCCAGCCAAGCCGACCUCAAGGUUCGGAGAGGACGGGCACCAUACCCUUCAUGGCGCUUGACCUCUUGAGGGACGCCUAUUGGAAUGGUAAUCUCGAGCGACUCUAUCGCCACGAUUUGGAAUCAUUCGUGUGGGUCGUAUUGUACUUCGCUUGGGCCUUCGACGAGGGACGUGAAGACAUGGACUCCCCAGUUCGGAACUGGUUGACGGCCGACUACCAUCAAUGCCACGGCAAGAAGCUCGAAUUCCUUACGUGGCAGGCGAUGCAGCAACUCCCAGACUACAAAACUAGCCAGGGCGAAGACGCCACGCUCGGAAUCGUCCUGUCCUUUGCCAGGCGGAUUUCUCGUUGGCUACACAGAGAGCGCUGGGUCCAGGCCGUCUCGAAGCCACGAACUGGUCCUAUCGAUGAGUACGACGACGACGAAGGUCCCGAGAAUGAGCCACUCUUCUCAGCUGGAAAAAAUGGCGAUAGACUCACAAGACGCAGCUCGUGUUUUCGAUCACCGUAUUCACUCGGUAGUCAAGGGCGUGGAGGCGACGCCUGAAUGGGUUGAACAUUACAUGGAGCGAGAGAAGAAGAUCAGGGAGUUGAAGGAGCGGUGCAAGGUGGAUAAAAUUGGACAGAGAAGGGGAUGCGGAGGAAAGGGGACGGAAGAAGGCUAAGAAGGAGGUGGAGCAGGAAGGACACAAGGAGCGCGACCGGCUUCGAAGCUGAAGCAUAAGGUAAAGUCUGCGUCGUAAUUAUUGAUCUAUUCUCCUCUGCAUCGUAUACCUUGAUCUGUAUUCUCCAUUGCCAUCGUAUGAAUGGAGUGGGAUACUUAUUGACAGUUUCCUGCAUUGAAGUAGUACGUGUACUACUUGUCCGAGUCGCUCGCUCUCCACGGGCGGGCCACGAACCACUUGCGACAACCAUAGGCGAUUAAGUUCUAUGCAU